GAUUGGUAGGUUUGGGUCACAUGGGUGCGCCUCGCGUGCCCUCGCGGCGAGGCGCGCGCGCACCCGCUAGUUGAUUUCCGGUGCGGUGGGUAGGAGAUGACGGAACCCGGCGCCUCCCCGGAGGACCCCUGGGUCAAGGUGGAGUAUGCCUACAGCGACAACAGCCUGGACCCCGGGCUUUUUGUAGAAGGCACCCGCAAAGGGAGUGUAGUGUCCAGAGCUAAUAGCAUCGGUUCCACCAGUGCCUCUUCCGUCCCCAACACAGAUGACGAGGACAGUGAUUACCACCAGGAGUCCUACAAGGAGUCCUACAAGGACCGGCGGCGGCGAGCACACACUCAGGCUGAACAGAAGAGGAGGGAUGCCAUCAAGAGAGGCUAUGAUGACCUGCAGACCAUCGUCCCCACCUGCCAGCAGCAGGACUUCUCCAUCGGCUCCCAGAAGCUCAGCAAAGCCAUCGUUCUACAGAAGACUAUUGACUACAUCCAGUUUUUACACAAGGAGAAGAAAAAGCAGGAGGAGGAGGUGUCCACACUCCGCAAGGACGUCAUGGCCCUAAAGAUCAUGAAAGUGAACUAUGAGCAGAUUGUGAAGGCACACCAGGAUAACCCCCAUGAGGGGGAGGACCAGGUCUCUGACCAGGUCAAGUUCAACGUGUUUCAAGGCAUCAUGGACUCCCUGUUCCAGUCCUUCAAUGCCUCCAUCUCCAUGGCCAGCUUCCAGGAGCUGUCGGCCUGCGUCUUCAGCUGGAUUGAGGAGCACUGUAAGCCUCAGACCCUACGGGAGAUCGUGAUUGGUGUCCUGCACCAACUGAAGAACCAGCUUUACUGACCUGCAGACUAGCCAGCAAGAGGCCUUGAGUCUCCUACUUGGUCACAGAGCCACUGGGCCUGAGAUCGGACUGCGACACCUUAGGCCAGUCAGCUGGUUUCUCCUUGAUGUUUGGUUCCCUUGUCCCGCCUUGUUCUUAGUGGGGCUGGGGUGUUUGUUUUGUGAAAGUUUAUGAUUAAUUUAUUAUAUUGACCAUAGAGCUCGAGCCUACCCAGUUUUCCCCCACCCUUCCCACUGAAGUCCUCAGAAUGGGGGUCUGCUCUGGGUGCCCCCCUUCUCCUAAGCCUCAGGUUUCAAAUUUUGGCACAUGAUCUACACAUAUUUAGAAACUACUGUUUGCCUGUUUUGGUCUCUUAGGUGAUAACUGGCCCAAGUUUGGCCAUUUUGGCAGUAGACGGACGGGAGGAAAGGAUAAGAGGAAGCACUUCCACAGCUACAAAGGGUGAAAGGCCGUUCACGCCUAAGCUAGAGCUGCCUGGUCAGCCCCAGGUAAAGCCACAGCUUUCGGGCCAGCUCAGGGCAGGGCUGCGCGGCCCUUGCUCCUGCCUUCCGCCCGUUCACCUUCCUCCUCUGCUGUGGGCAGUGGAGAAGCAACCUCCCCACCUACUGCUCUCUGUCCCCACAGGUGGUAGCACUGCACAGCAAAGUCCAGUGUGACACAGCACCACAUGUUAAAGUUUUUAUUUUUCUAAAUACCAACAACACAAUUUUGCUAAAGUUAUAAUUUUAGAAAAUUAGCUGGGCCUCAGAACCGCUCCCAGCUUCUGUCAGGUGCGCCUGGGGCUCCACCGCCCCUCAGGGCCGCCUGCAUCUAUCCCAGGACUGGGGGCAGCUGGAGGCCUCCGGGGGUACAUAGCAUGCGCUGCGGCCCUGCGCCCUCGAAUGCUGUGUAUGACAGCCUCUCUCUACCCUUGUCCCCCAAGCUCCCUUUUGCCUUCCUCAGGUUUGAUAUCUGGGAGGUUUGACUAUCCAGAGG